CCAUCGGUGACGGCGCCAUGGAGGCGGGCAGUGCCCGGCGGGCUCCGGCCUGGAGGCCGAGAUCCGAGCUGGACGAUGACUAUUACCCCCAGGGCGGCUGGGACACGGCCUUCCUGGUGGUCCUGCUGCUGCUGGGGCUGCCGGCCAACGGGCUCAUGGGGUGGCUGGCGGGCUCCCAGGCGCGGCUCGGGGCCGGCAGGCGCCUGGCCCUCCUCCUGCUCAGCCUGGCCGUCUCCGACUUCCUCUUCCUGGUGGCCACGGCCUUCCAGGUCAUGGAGAUCCGGCUGCAGGGGCACUGGCCGCUGGGAACGGCCGCCUGCCGCCUCUACUACUUCCUGUGGGGCGUCUCUUACUCGUCGGGCCUCUUCCUGCUGGCGGCGCUCAGCCUGGACCGCUGCCUGGCGGCGCUGCUGCCCCGCCGCUACCCCCGCCGCCGGCCGGCCCGCCUGCCGCUCUGGCUGUGCUCGGGCGCCUGGGUGCUGGCCACGCUCUUCGGCGUGCCCUGGCUCAUCUUCCCGGAGGCCAACGUGUGGUGGUACGACCUGGUCAUCUGCCUGGACUUCUGGGACGCGGAGGAGCUGCCCCUGCGGGUGCUGGAGAUCUUCGGGGGGCUGCUGCCCUUCCUCCUGCUCCUGGGCUCUCACGUGCUGACCCAGAUCCAGGCGUGCCGGGCGCGCCGCCGCCGCCCCAGGGAGCGCGGGGAGCGCGGGGCCCGGCCGCCCGGCUUCUCCCGCGUGGCCUCCGCCGUGCUCUCGGCCUACGUGGUCCUGCGGCUGCCCUACCAGCUGGCCCAGCUGCUCUACCUGGCCUACCUGUGGGACUUCUACCCCGGCUACUUCCUCUGGGAGGCGCUGGUCUACUCCGACUACCUGAUGGUGCUCAGCAGCUGCCUGAGCCCCUUCCUCUGCGUCCUGGCCAGCGCCAACAUCCGGGCCCUGCUCCACUCCACGCUCUCCUCCUUCGCCGCCGCCCUGGCCGAGGAGCGGUUCGGGGGCCCCGUGCCCGCAGACUCGCCGCCCGCCCAACCGGAGCCCACGGUCCAGCUGCAGCCCGCCCCGCCCCCCCAGGACGGGCCCCAGGUGAACCCCACGGCCCAGGCCCAAGUGAACCCCACAGCCCAGGCCCAGGUGAACCCCACGGCCCAGGCCCAGGUGAACCCCACGGCCCAGGCCCAGGUGAACCCCACGGCCCAGCCCCAGCCGAAUCUGGCCGAGCUGCCGCAGCCCGACCCUCCGGCUCAGCCCUCUGAGCCUCCCCCUCCCUCGGCCUCCGACCCCCCGGAAGGACCCGCAGCCACUGAACAGCCGACGGCCGCGCCCCCGGAAGAGACGGCCGUGCCCCCCGCCCCCCGGGGGGACGGCUCUGGAGACGCUCCUCCGGAGACAUCCCCCGCCCAAGCCCCCUCCUGAGAAGGUGAAGAUGGGCCGGGGGAAGGAGGCAGACAGGGCAGCCCCACACAGGGGGCCUAGAGAAGCACCCGGCCCUCACCAAUGGCUGAGAGCGGGACGGAGCAAUGAGUGGGGGGAAAUCCCCCUUGAUCACUGAGCUGGAGGAGGCGCCCCUGGCUCCGCAGGGAACGAAAGCCAUGAGUCGCAUCAAAGGCACCAGUAGCCCCCCGGCCCGCUGACUUGAGGGCUCAGAGCGGUAACGAGGGGUGGGCUGUUGGCUCCCUGCGUCCCCCAGAGCCUGGGAGCGGUCCCCGGCCUCCCCGCAGGGGGAAGGAGCAGUUUCCCCAAGUCCCCCGUCCCCAGCCACCUCUGCCUUCCCACAAAAUGCCAAGAGGAGACUGGACAUCCCGCACCAAGUGGCCUCUGGGAGCCUCUCAUGGCUCUCUCUGGAGGGAGCCAGAAGCCCUCGUGAAUGGCAGCACCCAAGAUGGAGCAGGUGGCGGGGAGUCAGAGGGAGCUCCCAGAGGCCCUUUCACCAGUGCCCCGGGCUGGUCAAGCGCGCUGCAAUUUGCCCGCCCCGUGCCAGCUUCUCAGGAGGCGCCCCUUGGGGGCCCCGGCUCUCUGGGCUGCGCCGCUUCGCCUCCAGCCUUUCCACCAUUUUUACAGAAUCCUGGUGAUGGAAGGCCCCUCCCCAGAGACUCACCGCAGGUGUCCGGAGCAUCCGUGCCGGCCUCCAGGAGCGGGAGCUCCCUCCCUCCCAACACCUCCCUAUCAGGGACUUCUCCUCUCUAUAACUCAGUCUCCUCUUUCCUGUCUUCUGCCCCCCCCCCACUGCUCUGGCUCUUGUGCUCAAGGGCCAAGACAAGCGGAAGAAGCCUCAGCUUUCCUCCACGUGACAGCGGGCACGUAGUCCCCAGCCUGAGCUUCCCCCCCGCCAACGAGCACAUCUCAUGUGGAAUGGUCCAUCGAUACAAUUGGGCAGACACUUAUCGAGUGCUUGCUGUAUAGAAGCACUUUAAGCAACCCGGAUGCUCCCCCAGCCAACGGUGACUUUGCUAAAAACGUGGAACCAAAGCGGAACACAGCUCUGCAGAUGUGGGAAGGCCGGUCAAAAUGGCAUCCGCUCUCCCGGCUUCCACAUCACCCACAUGAGGAACUCACCUUGAUCUUGUGGUCUACUCAGACCUUCAGAUCUUUUUUUUCAGAUUCAAGCCUCCCUCCUCGGUUUUUUUCAAUAUGUUUUCUAAAUACACUUGUUCCAUCUUGCUCUUGGGAAGCAUGUGGAACCUAAGGGUGAGACUUUACAUCUACCCUUGUCGAAUUUCAUCUUUUUAAAUUCAGCCAAAUAUUGUAACCAGUUGAAAUCACUCGGGAUCCUUCUUGGCUCUCUUUGGAUCCAGCAUGUCCGCCGUCCUUCCAAGCUAUGCGUCAUGUGCAAAUUAGAGAAGAGUGUCAUCUCUGACAGGCAGCAGGGGGCAGCGGAGAGACCAUGGCUUCCCAGUCCGAAUAAACGUGGGCUCCAGGCUCGCCUCUGGUCCUCGCUGGCCGUGGGAUCCUGGGCAACUGAGGAACCUCUCGGCAUUCUCAACCGUCUCCACGGGCUUAUCGGGCCCCGACUCUCUCCAUGCUUCUGGGUUUGCCGAUCUGCUUUUGGGUAUUGAGGAAGGGAGUUUCCCCACCGGGAGUUUCCUUUAUCCGUGACUCUGGACCCCCCCCCCCAAAAAAAAAAAACCUAUAGCUAGAUGAGUAGGUUAUAAUCUCUUUCCAAUAAUUGAUAAAAGGAGUAAACAGUCAGGGUCAAAUGCAGACCCUCGGGAAAUGCUCCGGAGAUCUCCUUUUAUUGACGAGGAGCCACAAACCCAACCAGUUCUGCCACGACCUAAGUGAGCUGUUGUCUGACACGGUUUCCCACGCCACAGCGGGCCCCCGGGGCAUCUGCUUCUCUGAUCGCGGCCCCCCGCUUUGGUUUCUCCCAGAUAAAGUUCUGUCUCCUUCGGUUGGCAUUCGAGGCUCCCCCAGCCUUCUGUCCCACUGCUCGCAGCACAUCCAGCCCUCUCACUGGAGGACGUCUCUAUUUUCUUGGUUACUCUUCGAAGGGAUAAUAAUCGGCUUUGGAAGGUGAUGAGUUCCAGGCAAGUCGAGGUCUUCAUAGAGAUUCCUUCUCCUCCCAGGAGAUGGGGAACGGGAUGAUAGAAAUACCUAGAACUGCCCAGUCCACGAGCGCAGCACCUGCUACCAAAGGGAUGCCGCCAACUUCCGUGGCCUUUUCGUAACGGACACAUUCAAGGGUUUGCUCGUGGCUUAGAAUGGGACAUUUGUAAAAUCUUUCCCUGUUUUCGAUCUACCUCAGUACCAAACUCCAUGGAUCCGUGGCAGCUAGGGGGCGCACCCCUCAAGUCAGGAGGACCUGAGUUCAAAUGUGCUCUCAGACACGUAACACUUCUUUCUGUAUGACCCUGGGCAAGUCACUUAACCCCAGUUGCCUUAACAAAAAGGAAAAAACCUUACAUGGACCUCCUCCUCCUCC